AUGACAGGAGAAAACGAAGAGUUGAAUCACCCAGAUGAGUUGGAGAAUGAGGUGAUUGAUGAGGACAGGAAGGACGAGGAAGAAGUGGAUACAGACCCAUAUAAAAUAAAAAACGUAGAGUACCUGAAGACCUCAAAGAAAUAUAAAGAUAAAAGGAAGGUGCUGGUGUUCGCAAACAGAAGAAUAUCGCACCUGGGAAUGAGCUUGAUGAAGGAUCUGAAAGCUCUGCUACCACAUCAUAAAUCGGAAGCAAAAUGGGAAAAUAAAAUGAACUACGAAGAAAUAAACGAAGUUUGCGAAAUGAACAGAUGCACGAGCGCAAUGUAUUUGGAGUCGAGAAAGAGUGAAAUGAUAUUGUGGAUAGCAAUAACACCAGAAGGACCGACACUUAAGUCGAGAGUGACAAACAUACACACACUUAAGGAUUCCACGUUUUUGGGAAACUGUCUGGCCAGGUCGAGGCCUCUGCUGACGUUCGAUAGGUCGUUUGGAGAAGUGCCGCACCUGCAGCUGAUACAAAGGAUGCUGUCACAGGCAAUGGGCACGCCAAGAAAUCACCCGAGAAGCAUGCCGUUCCACGACCACUGCCUGUCGUUUUUCAACUUCAAAGACCACAUAAUAGUAAGACACUACCAAAUAUCGCCGAAGAACGAGUUUUAUGUAAACAACCCGGAGAAUCAAACACUAACAGAGAUAGGACCACAAUUCGUGCUGGAGCCGAUAUUGAUACUGGAAGGAAGCUUUAAGGGAAUAACGCUGUGGAGAAAUUCAAAAUAUAUAUCGCCGAUGAUGGUAAGAAGAUAUAAACACUCACUGAAGAUGGAAAAACGGAGAAAGAAGAAAGGACAAAAGGUAAGAAGAAAUUUGAAAGUGAUGGUGGACUUGCCGGAGGACGAGUUGUCGAUAUCGAAAGUGUUCGCAGCCCCCUCACAAGGAUAA